CAGGUCAAUCAAGGAAGUGCAGCAGUCAAUUUGAUUGCCAUUAUUGUUUUUGUAUUAUUUUAUUAAAUGAAAUGAUAUUAGAUAAAUCGGUCGGCAGUGAAAGUUUAAUGCAAAAUGAUUUGGAGAUAAAAAUAUGUUAUGUCCGGCGGUAGCGCGAGUCAGUUUAUCCGGAUAGCAGAAAAACCGCAGGCAGGAUACGGCUUUGCAGAUAAUUAAAUAUUAAUAACGGCUGUUUGAUAAGAUGCACGAGAAAAUCGAAGCACAAUACAAAUCGCGAUUUAUUCCUAAAAGAGAAUUAUGAGGGAAUCGAAUAUAAUAGGAAAUCUACAUCAAGAUUCUUCAUAAAAUAGACUUGCCCAAAUAGUAAAGAAAAUGGUUAUUCAACAUUUUUAGUUAAUAAUAUUAAUAAAUUUAUAAUCUUUAAGACAUAUCUACAUUAAAAUGAUUAGAAAAUCUGAUCUUCAUCAGACAUAAACUAUAAGAAUGGUAACUUAGAGAUUGUCACAAUAUGCGUUUGCGGGGCUGAAUCUGCGGGUGAAGGUAACAGGGCCCCAGGCGCUAGGGUCUGAGAGACUUGGCAGUUAUGAAGAAGCAAAAUGUUCGCACCCUAUCGUUAAUUGUGUGCACAUUUACUUACCUGCUGGUUGGUGCUGCUGUUUUCGAUGCGCUGGAAUCACCUACUGAGAAAAACAGAUUUGAUGUCCUACAAGCGAUAGAAGGUAUGUUAAUAAGGAAGUACAAUUUCUCCGAAGAAGACUUCAGAGUGAUGGAGUUGGUAGUGCUCAAGUCUGAGCCACAUAAAGCUGGGCAACAGUGGAAGUUCACGGGCGCAUUUUAUUAUGCCACAACUGUCUUAACUACUAUUGGCUAUGGACACUCAACACCUUCAACUAUUGGUGGCAAGUUGUUCACAAUGUUCUAUGCAAUAGUUGGUAUACCACUCGGCCUCAUCAUGUUCCAGAGCAUCGGUGAGAGAGUCAACAGACUUAGUAGUGUUAUAAUCAAAGCAUUAAAGCGUGCUAUGGACUGCAAGCAAACAACAGCCUCUGAGGUGGAUCUGAUCUGUGUGGUGACAACCCUCUCCUCGCUGACGAUAGCGGGUGGAGCGGCAGCUUUCUCCACAUUCGAAGGAUGGAGUUACUUUGAUAGUGUCUAUUACUGCUUUAUUACGCUCACUACUAUCGGUUUCGGGGACAUGGUGGCAUUACAAAAGGAUAACGCGUUGAACCGCAAGCCGUCGUAUGUGAUGUUCGCGUUGAUCUUCAUACUGUUCGGUCUGGCGAUAGUGGCCGCCUGCCUCAACCUGCUGGUGCUGCGCUUUGUUACUAUGAACACUGAGGAUGAGAAGCGCGACCAGCAGCAAGCGGAGCAGGCGCAGCAGGUGGCGGUGCGGCUGGAGGGCGACGUGAUCACGGCGGACGGCGCCGUGCUGCGCGGCGUGGCGCGCGGCACGCGCCUGCCCGCGCCGCACCACACCGGCGAUACUUCAAUGAUCCCGUUGUACAUAGACGAUGAUUACGCUCCCAGCGUUUGCAGCUGUUCUUGUAACUGUUUUGCUCCGAACAAAUGUAAUUUAUAUUUCAGGUCAAUACCGUACAGAGACCCACUAUCACCUGUUCCACCGACAAACAUAAAGCAAAUAAAAUCCAAAAAUUACCUCGAGUUGGGUGGAAUACCGAGAUAUAUAGAAAAAGCUUCAUCUAAAAAUAGAUCCCAGACUCUUCGUCUUAAUUCAGCAUCAGGCUAUCUCUAUAUGAAUGCGAGAAAUGAUUUUACUCUAGACCCUGAAGAUUUUAGAGAAAUGGUAGCAAAAAGACGGGAACAAUUACGACGCGGUGUUAUGAUGUAUGAAAUGAGAUGCAAUGAACAAUAUUUAAACCCAUACAGAAAUAGUCUAAGCACCAGAGUGGAAAGUCCUCAUAGUUCUUCGCUUUAUUCGAUGAAUAUCAGAUCAGAUAAUCGAAGCAACGAUCCGUUAGUCGACGAUUACGAUUCCGAGAAAUCGAGUUACGCGAGAAAAAAACUAAUGAGGAACAUAGCUCGGAAUACCAACAACAAACGAGUAGAAAAUUACUUCUACGAUGAUGCAGUUCUACAUUUCGAUGAUGAAUACGCUUUCGAUGGAUCGAUAUUAUUCGCUAAAAGGAGAAAAUCGAUUGAAACUAAUUGGGAUGAAUUUGCGUGUGUUAUGCCGAAACAUCCGGCUUACGAGGACCAAAUAUCAAAUGACGGUAGUUGUGGAUAUUAUCUCCCUGAUGACGACCAACAGUAUUUCGUGAAUGACACCCUCACCUUCAAUAUGCCACCGCAUCGAGCGAGCAUAUAGUGCCAAAGAUUUUGCCAAAUUAGUUUUAGUUAAUACUAAAAUAAACGGGCCAAUUAAAUUUAACUAUACUAGGAAACUUACAAUUUUGCGGUAGUUUUGAAUUUUGAAGGUUAUAGCUUUUUUUAAGGGUGAGUCUAGCGCUUCGCUUGUACAUAAGGGAUGGAAGAAGUUAUGCUGUUUCAUAUAUCACAAAAAGUGUUCAUUUAAUAUGGGCAUAUAAAUAUUGUGUGUGUUUAAAAAUAUUUCGAAGUGAAUUUAGUGAAUAAUUCCUUGAUUAUUUCAAAUUGUGUGCCAAAAUUUUCAAUCAAGAUGCCAAAGGAUGAAAAAAAUAUGUCACAAAAAUACGCUCAAUUCAAGAACGAAUGAUUGAACGACCUUUUUUAAUCGUUCAUAAUGAUAUAAGAUAUUCUUGGUCGUUGUAUGAAACCAUUUUGUUUUUUUUUUAUUUUUUUUAUUCUAAUGGCUAUUGGUAAUAUAAAGAAAUGUAUUAAUGUCGAAAAAUUUAAAUUGCAUUUAUAAAAAAAAAACAUUUGAGCUCAAAGCUUUGCAGUAGAACUGUAUUAUUUAAAUUGUUUCUAGCGCUGUUUGUAACAGUAUUUUGUUAUUUUUUAUAAGGUUGGCAAAAUUAUAAAAAAAUGUUGUUUAUUAAUAAUUUGUUAUAAUUAUAGCUCAAAGCUUUUGUUUCCAAAUUCUAUAAUCCAGUGCCAAAAUUAAAAAAGAUUGUUGCAUUUUAUUAAGAACAGGGUAAAAAUCUUGUAUUGAUUCAAUCUCUGAAUAACACAGCUGUAAGUCUGAAGUUAGCUGCAUUCUCGAAGAAAGAGACGGACAUAUACAAACGCUAAGGUGAGAAAGAGACGACACGAUAUGACAAUGCUGAUUACUAAAUUCGGAUAUAUUGUGGAUCGUAUUAUGUUUAUUGGUUUAAAAUUCUUGUGUUAUGUGUUUUUGACCGACUUCUCAAAAUAAGGAGGUUAUUAAUUUUUGUUUUCUUUAUUUCAGUUUAUGAAAUUCAAUUUAAUUUGGAUUUGUUUGCAAUUUUCGUAAGUCGAAUAUAAAAAAAAAUGUUUAAUAAAACUAUUAUGCUUUAAUGUUUAUGGCCGUUUUGUACAAUAUUACUUUGUAGAAAACAACUGAUGUAUUUUUUGUAGAAAUUUUGUUAUUUAAAAUUAAAAGUUUCUAGUUUUAAGAUAAAAUAACAUCUAAAUUCUAAACGGACAUUAGUUGCAGUUUUAGACUGAAUUCUAUUUUUUAUUUUGAACAUAUUUGAGCCAAACAAUACAGUAUGUAAUGAAUGGGAAUUUUUCCUAUUGGGUCGAUUGGUAGUUCGAUCUGCCCAACGGGAAACACCCGUUUUUAUUAUUUUCGACCUGUCUAAUGCUCAAUAUUUAAUUUUAUUAUUAAUUACAAUUGAGUAUUGCUUUGUGAUAAUUUAUCUACGUCUUUUUCUAAUGAUAGUAUUAUUAUUUUAAACUUUUUUAGUUUAAAAAUAUUGAUUUUCAAUAUUAACUUCAAAAGGCGUUGAAAUCUUGAUGGUUAAAUAUUUUUUUUUUCUGAUAUAAUUGUCAGUUGCUCAAUUUU